AUGGUCCUUGUGAGGAUAUCGACUACAUUAGUAGCAGCACUAAUGCUGCAGGCCCAAUAUGCUAGUGCUUGGGGAAAUGCAGAUACGCUCUACAUCAACAUAUCUGAUAGUCUGGCUGGUAUCUCAGCCUCCGAAGCAUGUGUCGAUGCCAUGGCCACCAACGUGUCCUGCUAUGCGGGCUUGAGUCAGGUAGUCAUCAACACGAUGGCAUGGUCAGCCAGUGCACUUUCCGAUAUUUGCACUACUGAUUGCUCCUCCUUCCUGUCCAGCUAUGUCUCCUCUGUGAACGAAGCUUGCGGUGCAAGCACCAAGUACAACAUCUCUGGCACCUCACAAACUGCGGCUGAUAGAGGAAGAGAAAUUUAA